UUUUCCCUCAGCAAAGUUACCGUGGCCCGUGAGAACUCCAGGCUAUUCAGAAAUCCUGAGCCUGGCCUGGGCUCCGGCAGACAGUUAAUUCCAACCAUCACCUUGCAGAGCCACAGGUGCUGAGGAAUGCCUCUGCUGAUGCCGGCCCUUGAGCAAUACACAGAUGAGAAGAGAGGGUCUGCCAACACAGAGCCCUCUAAAACCAGAGCCUUCGGAUCCGUCUUUUCUCCAACGGUCUCCAUUCAACUCAAGGUGUUCCAAAACGAACCAGAGGGCAGGAAGGCUUAUGAGAAGAGAUCUGCUUCAUAGAAAGGCGAUGGACCACAUGUCUCCCAGGCUGAGAGCCUUCCUCUCUGAACCCAUGGGGGAAAAGGAUGUGGCCUGGGUGGAUGGAAUCAGCCGUGAGCUUGCCAUCAAUUUGGUCACCAAAGGUUUUAACAAGGGCACAGGGCACAGGGCACAGUGUGAGGUGUUGGACCCAGUGUAUUUUUACCUCGAUGGAUCUCCCGGUGUACCUACCACCUAGGUCCAGGGACUGGACAUCUCCCGGCUUCCAGGCUGCUCCAGGACCUCCUCCCAGCCAAAGCAGAUCCCAAAGGUGCCCACUGUUCUGUUAUCCACCAUGCUUC